AUAUGAGCUCCACCAUGUCACCAGCAUCUACUAGUUCGUUGAACAGCAAACGAUGGCAUAGUUUGCGACAUAUUUUGGAAAGGGCUGGUCCUUUUUGUAAGGCCGAUUUUACGCCGGCUCCUGAUAAUUUGGAAUUUUUACAAAAUACCUGUAAACUGUUGGUUAUUGGUGCUGGUGGUUUAGGAUGUGAGUUGUUAAAAGACCUGGCCCUUAUGGGUUUCGGUGACAUCCAUGUCAUUGAUAUGGACACCAUUGAAUUGUCCAAUUUGAAUCGACAAUUUUUGUUUCGUCGCAACGAUAUUGGCUCCUCCAAGGCUGAGUGCGCGGCGAACUUCAUCAACAAGCGCAUACCAACAUGCCAUGUCACGCCGCACUGUGCCAAGAUACAAGAUUUCGAUGAAUCAUUUUAUCAACAAUUCCACAUUAUCGUUUGCGGUUUGGAUUCCAUUGUGGCCCGUAGAUGGAUAAAUGGCAUGUUGAUUUCAAUGCUACGCUAUAAUGACGAAGAUGGUAGUGUAGAUCCGUCGUCAAUUAUACCCAUGAUUGAUGGUGGCACUGAAGGUUUUAAAGGUAAUGCCCGUGUUAUAUUACCCAGUUUUACGGCAUGCAUCGAGUGUACAUUGGAUUUGUUUCCGCCACAAAUUAAUUAUCCCCUAUGCACGAUAGCUAAUACACCCCGACUGCCGGAACAUUGCAUUGAAUAUGUCAAGAUAAUACAAUGGGAUAAAGAGAAUCCAUUCAAUUGCACCUUGGAUGGUGAUGAUCCCCAGCAUGUUGGUUGGGUAUACGAACGUGCCUUGGAGCGUGCCAAUCAGUAUAAUAUAAGUGGAGUGACAUAUCGUCUUGUUCAGGGUGUUAUAAAACACAUAAUACCCGCGGUGGCUAGUACCAAUGCAGUUAUUGCCGCUGCCUGUGCAACGGAGGUAUUUAAAUUGGCCACCAGCUGUUAUGACAGCAUGUCCAAUUAUAUGAAUUUCAAUGAUAUCGAUGGCAUUUAUACGUACACCUAUGCUGCAGAGAAAUCGGAAAAUUGUUUGGCUUGCAGCAAUGUACCACAGGUUGUGAAUAUCGAAGAUCCGAAUACAACGACUUUGGAGGAUUUAAUUAAGAUCUUGUGCGAAAAUCCUCGCUUUCAAAUGAAACAGCCAGGUAUCACAACUAUGAUGGAUGGUAAAAAUAAAACACUUUAUAUGUCGACAGUAAAAAGCAUUGAAGAACGUACUCGGGCAAAUCUGACCCAAUCAUUGGGUGAACUGGGCCUUAAGGAUGGCCAACAAAUAAAUGUGGCCGAUCAGACAUCACCAAAUACCAUAGUUUUGCAAUUGAAAUACAAUGCCAAUGAAGUAGAAAUGAAUUAAAAGAAAAAUA